AUGCCUCAAGCAUCCCACAAACGGAAAUGUCGAGGAAGUGGACAAUUUCUGUUACUAUACGAUUGCGCACGUGGUAGAGCUCGUCUUCAUCCAUCUUUACUUUCCUCUUCCAGUCUUCGUUUCUGCUCCUAUUUCUUCUGCAUUUUCAGUUCUUAUUUCUCUCUCUAUUCUCCAACCAUAACUUCUCAUAAUCUUUCUUUGCUGCUUCUCUUACGCCAACAUUUUCCACCAUUAUGGCCUAACCCAACACACUUUUCUCCUUUACUUCCCCUUCUUCUUUUCCUCCUCCUCCUCCUUCUCCUCAUCCUCAGCAUCAUCAUCAUCAACAUCCCAUAUCUUCACGUCUUUUCCCCUCUUCAGUUUUUUCCCUUUCUCCUCUUCCUCCCCCAUUUCUUCCAUUCGUUUCCUCAUCUCACACGUCUCCUAAUCUACUUUUUCUCCUCUUCUUCUUCUUAUGAUUUCCAGUCAUUUUCUUCUUCUUCUUCUUCUUCUUCUUCUUCUUCUUCUUCUUCUUUCUUUCCCCCUCUUCGUUUCCUUCUUCUAUCUUCUUUUCCUCCUCUUAUAUCAUCCUUCAUCAUCAUCAUCAUCAUCAUCAUCAUCAUCUUAUUCCAGUCUUUUCAUUUUCUCCCUUAUUUCUUCCAUUCUUUUCCUCAUCUUUCCCCUCUUAAUCUACUUUUUUCUCCUCUUCUUCCUCUUAUAAUUUCCAGUCAUUUUCUUCUUCUUCUUCUUCUUCUUCUUCUUCUUCUUCUUCUUCUUCUUCUUCUUCUUCUUCUUCUCAUCCUUCCAUAUCUUCAUGUCUUAUUCCCUCUUCAUUUUCUCUUAUCUUGCAAUACACUUUUUAUCUUCUUUCCCCUCCUAUACCUUUCAAACAUAUUCUCCUCCUCUUCCUCCUCCUCCUCCUCAUCAUCAUCAUCAUUAUCCUCCUCCCAUAUCUCCCAGUCUAUUUCCCCUCCCCGCUUCCCUUAUCUUCCAAUACACUUUUCUCCUCUUUCUUUCUACACGUCUGCCAUUUGUUUCCUCAUCUGUCACUUCUUCCAAUCUUCUUUUUUCUUCUUUCUCUUCAUAUAUAUUUCAAUCAUUUUUCUCCUACUCCUUGUUCCCCUCUCCCCCUCUUCCUCCUCCUCCUCCCAUAUUUUUCAAUCUUCUUUUCCCUUCCUGCGUUUCCCUUAUCUUCCAAUACACUUUUCUCCACUUCUUCCAUUUUUUUCCAUUCGUUUUCCUUGA